AUGUUCACAACCACAUCAAGCAGCUACGACGCCCGCGUGCACUCCCCCGACAACGAAGUCAUCAACAACUACCACGACGGCGACGAUGUCUUCGGCCACGAACAACACUCCACCAUCAAAUACAAAACCCUCUCCUGGCAAAUCGUCUCCAUUCUCAUGAUUGCCGAAAUCGUCAGCAAUGGCAUGCUCUCUCUCCCCUCAUCCCUCGCCGUCGUCGGUCUAGCUCCCGGAUUGAUUCUAAUCAUCUUCCUCGGCGCCUUCGCCGCCUACACAUCUCUCCUUCUCGUACGCUUCAAAUUACGCCACCCCGCCGUGCACAACAUGGGCGAUGCCGGGCAAAUUCUCUUCGGAGCUUUCGGACGCGAAAUAUUCGCCUUCGGCACGCUGUUUUUCGCGGUGCUUCUUGCCGGAGGACAAAUGCUUUCGGGACAAAUUGCUUUGGCGAAGUUGAGUGAGAAUGGCUUGUGCAAUAUUUCUUUCACGGGGAUUUUCGCUGCUGCGACGUUUUUGUGUGCGCUUCCCAGGACGUAUGAUUAUUUGGGUUGGAUUUCCAUGGCCAGUGUGGGUAGUAUUGUUGUCGCGGGGAUUGUGGGCAUGAUUGGGGCGGGAAUACAUCCUGUCGAGAAGGCUGAUCGUGAGGUGGUGGCGGCUCGAUCGAGUGAUUUUCAAACGGCUUUUUUCUCCAUUACCAAUCCGGUGUUCGCAUAUUGCGGUCAUUUCAUGUUCUUCGCUCUCAUGUCCGAAAUGAAACACCCCCAAGACGCCAUCAAAGCCGCCUACACCCUCCAAACCUUCGCAACAACCUACUAUUCCCUCUUCGCCGCAAUCACCUACGCCUACCUCGGCAGCAGCGUCGCCUCGCCCUCAUUUUCCUCCUUGGAACCCUCCUGGUCCAAAGCCGCGUAUGGGAUUGCACUUCCGAAUUUGCUUAUUGCGGGCGCUUUGUAUGUGCACACGGCGAGUAAAAUUUUGGUGGUUCGGUUUUUUCGGGGAUCGAGGCAUUUGCAGCAUCAUACGUUGGUGGGGUGGUUGGUGUGGAUUGGUUUGGUGGCUGUGUUGAGUGGUUUGGCGUUUUUGUUGGCGGUGGGGGUGCCGAUUUUUAAUUAUUUGUUGGGGAUUACGGCUUCGGCUUUUGCGGCGUGGUUUACUUAUGGGAUUGCCGGCAUGUUCUGGCUCCACGACAGUUAUCACGACGGAGCAGGAUUCCAGACGUGGAAGCAAAAAAUGUGGACAGGCACCCUCUCGGCCAUCCUGACCAUUCUCGCGGGUUUAUUCAUCUGUAUUGCGGGAUUAUAUGUGACGAUUCAAGCCAUUGUGGAUGCUUAUGCUGACGGGACUAUUACUGCACCGUUUAGCUGCUAA